AUGGCUCUCAUCUCUUCUAAAAACCCAUUAUUUCUCAUCAUUGUCCUUAUCUUGUGCUCCCUCUCUUUUAAAAAUGCAUCUAUUGUCUUUGCAAAUACCCAACAAUGCAACCAUCAUCACUUCUCCGCUUUGCUCCACCUCAAGCUUGCUUUUAACUUCACUGAUUCCAGCCUCUCUACUCUACCCUCAUGGAAUUCAAACAAUACCGAUUGCUGCUCGUGGGAAGGCAUCACCUGCGAUGGACCCACUGGUCACGUGAUCAGCCUCGAUCUCAGUAGCCUCUAUAUCUCGGGUCGGAUUGAUUUUGAAAGUCUCUUUCAUCUUCGGAGCCUGCAGAAGCUCAACCUCGCUUACAAUGAGUUUAAUGGCUCUCAAAUCCCUUCUGGGUUUGAUCAGCUCACCAGUUUGACCCAUCUCAACUUCUCUUGGUUGUCUUUUUAUGGCCAAAUCCCGCUAGGAAUCUCCCGCUUGACCACUUUGGUUUCUCUCGAUCUAUCUUACAAUCAAUAUUUCGAUGGUCCGUACAUUGAAAACUUGAAACUUGAAAACCCAAGCAUUGGAGCACUCGUCCAAAACCUGUCGAGUCUGAAAGAACUGUAUCUCGACAGGGUAGACAUCUUAUCAGGGGGUAUGCCCAGCUUCAUAAGAAACUUCUCUUCCUUGACAUCACUGCGCCUUCAAGGUUGUGAAUUGCGUGGAAAAUUCCCCGAGAGUAUUUUCCAGCUGCCAACCCUUCAAUUCCUUGACAUUUCAAACAAUCCACUUCUGACUGGCUAUUUACCAGAAUUCCCUCAAAACAAUUCUCUACAGCAAUUGAUCCUAUCAAGCACGGGAUUUUCUGGAAAGGUGCCAUAUUCGGUCAAUAAUCUCUUAUUCUUGACUCGAUUAGACCUCAGCAAUUCCAACUUGUCUGGAUCAUUACCAUCCUCACUUUGGAACCUUACCAAACUGCAGUACUUGGAUCUUUCGAACAAUAGAUUGAGCGGCCCAAUUCCUUCCUGUGAGAAUGAGCUUCAGAAUCUCAAAGAGAUAAUCUUAUGGAAUAAUUUGCUUAAUGGGACCAUUCCAUCAUCUUUGUUUUCCCUCCCAUCAUUAAAAAAGCUGGGUCUCUCAAUUAACCAACUUAGUGGUCAACUUGGGGAGAUCCACAAUGCCUCUUCUUCACAGCUGGAGGAAAUCUAUUUGGAUUACAAUAACUUGCAGGGAAUGAUACCAAGAUAUAUCUUUCAACUCACGGAGCUUCGAUUGCUUUACAUGUCUUUCAACAAUUUCACUGGUGUUUUAGAGUUAGGCUUAUUCCAAAAUCUCAAAAAACUGAACAUUCUUGAUCUUUCCGAUAACAACUUGUCAGUCCAAGAUGGUGGUGGUAAUUCCACCUUCGUCUCCUUCCCUCUGUUUGAAAUUUUGCGGUUGCGUUCUUUGAACAUCAGCACAUUUCCAAAUUUCUUGAGAAAUCAAGAUCAGUUGAGUGAAUUGGACCUUUCCAACAAUAAAAUUAGUGGUGAAAUACCCAAAUGGAUAUGGGAGGUUGGAAAUGGGUCUUUAAACUCUUUAAAUCUUUCUCACAAUGUUCUGCAUGGAAUAGAACCAUCUCCCCAUCUUUUGUUGAGUGAUAUGAGCAUUCUUGACCUUAGCUUCAACAGGCUAGAAGGCUCACUUCCAAUCCCAUCACCGUCCGUCUUUUUCUUUUCAGUUUCAAAAAAUGCCCUCAGUGGAGAAAUCCCUCUAUCAGUUUGCAAAGCAACAUCUCUAUCAGUCCUUGAUUUGUCUUACAACCGCUUCAGUGGUCAGAUUCCACCAUGUUUGGGUGAGAUUGGCGAUGCCCUUAGUGUGUUGAAUCUUCAAGAAAAUGCUUUCAGUGGCACAUUGCUUCAGACAUUUAAAGAGGGAUGUGUUAUACAAACACUUGAUCUCAGUCGAAAUCGAUUAGAAGGCCAAGUGCCAAGGUCAUUGGUCAAUUGCAAAAUGUUGGAGGUAUUAAACCUUGGAAACAAUCAAAUAAAUGACACGUUCCCUUCAUGGACAGAAGCUUUGCCCCAUUUGCGCGCUCUUGUCUUAAAAUCCAACCAAUUUCGUGGCCCCAUUACACUUCCACAAACAAAUCAGAGCUUCCCAAUGCUACAAAUCAUUGACCUCUCUUCCAAUAGUUUUAUGGGUAGGUUGCCAUCAAAUAUGUUUGAAAGUUGGAAGGCGAUGAUGGUGGAUGACAAAUUGCAAUCUAAGUUCCUUCGUAGAACCCUAACUGGACGAGGGAAUAGGGUAUACUAUCAAGACACUGUGACAGUUGUGAUCAAAGGAGUACAAAGGGAACUCACGAAGAUCCUAACCAUCUUCACAACAGUUGAUCUCUUAAACAACUAUUUUCAGGGGGAUAUUCCAAAAUCUGUAGGGAUUCUCAAGUCGCUUCGCCUGCUCAAUAUGUCACACAAUGGUUUCACAGGCCAAAUUCCAGCAUCACUUGAGAAUUUAUUGGUGCUCGAGUCAUUGGAUCUCUCACAAAACAACAUCUCAGGGGAGAUUCCUUGGCAGCUGACCAAGCUAACAUUUCUCUCGAUGUUGAACCUUUCCCAAAACAACCUCGUGGGAAGCAUACCACAAAUUAAGCAGUUUUUUACAUUCACAAAUGAAUCCUUCCAAGGAAAUUUAGGAUUAUGUGGAGCUCCACUAUCGAAAAAAUGCAUAGCACCACCAUCAAUGAUGCCGACCGUUAAAGAUGCAACUUCAGAACUCGAUUGGAAAUUCAUGUGGAUUGCAUUUGGAGUAGGACAUGGAGCAGGAAUGGGAGCUCUUUUCUGGACUCUAACAUUAUGGACAAAGGGAAGGAAAAAAUACAAUAAAUUUAUAGACGGGAUGCUUUCAUUGAUUUUUUCAAAAGCAAUAUUUUCUCCAAAGCGACGACCAUAA